CUGUCAACCUUCUGUCUGUCACUUUGCACAGUGAUAUUUUUGGCUUAUUUUUCAAAUUAUACAUGGCUCUAGAUGCCUGAAACUGCUUUUAUCUUAUCUAAAAACAUCAGAUUACUGUGCAAUAGUGUGGGCAGGCCCAAUACUGAACAAAUAAUAACAUAUCUUUUUGUUUCAGACGUUGCGGCCUUGUACGGCUACGUCGUGUCGUCCUGACGGCCGACGUCAACGUCUAUUACGAACUAUAAAUUUUAUUUUUAGUGAAUACUGUUAUUUUGUGUUUAAGUUUUUUGUGCUUUAGUUAUUGUAGAUACUGUUACGGUAAGUGGAUGCAUGCCGCAACUCAAUCAGGCGAUGGCACACCAUAUCUAAAUUUUAAUUGUGUACAAUGCGACAACUCUUUUAAAACGCAGAGAGGCCUCAAUAUUCAUAUUUCCAAAAAACACCGUCUUUGUAUCAGCCAAAAUGAUGCCGUUUUAAAUUUAGACCAACCCUUUUUGACCACCCCCCUUUCUGACCAACCAAAUUCCAUCCCUUUCCAUUCAUACCUUAGCGAACUUAAAAAUAAUGUGCCCGUUGUUAAAAGAGUUCCGCGCGGCGCCAGGAUCACAGUCGCUAAUCACCUUUCAGGCCUAAUUAUAAAAUGUGUGGAAAAUAAUCAAAUUGAUGAUUGGCAUAAUCUUUUCCUUUUUUCAUUCAAAACCCUUCAUGCCAAAAAGGAUAAGACAAUUUCUUUAACACAAAAAAUCAAAAACAAUUGCGUUUCGAAUACAAUUCCACACAUUUCUCGACCUUCUGGAUGCGCCUCAUCCACUUUCAAUAGAACUAAAUUAAUUGAAAGUAAAAUUAGCGACGGCGAUCUUAAAGGUGCCGCUCGUCUUCUUUUCACAAAUGACGUGCUAUCGCCAGAUACUCCUGAUACCCUCUCGGCUUUACGUUCUAAACAUCCCCCAGCUCCUUCAGUACCACACUUGUUUGCCCCACCUACAUCUGACCGGGCCUGCCUCCAAAUCGAAGACAAAGACGUUAUUGACGCCAUAUUUUCUUUCAAAAACGGUUCGGCGGCCGGCCUGGAUGGGAUCUCGCCCCAACAUUUGAAGGAUCUAAUUUCUCAUUCCGUGGGCGACGCAGGUGUGCAGCUUAUCAGUUCCCUUACUAAAUUAGUAAAUUUUAUGUUUUCAGGCAAAAUUAACACUGAAAUCCUCCCUAUUCUAUACGGUGCAAACCUGAUCGCCCUAACCAAAAAGGACGGAGGGGUGAGACCCAUUGCUGUGGGGUCUACUUUACGACGUCUGGCAUCAAAAAUUGCGGUCCAGACCGCGCGAGGCUUUUGGCGGUCGGAGCCCGGGAAGCGGGUUACUGGCUACAUGCCCAUCCUUCGCCUAAUACUGGUACUUUCUUGGAUCCGGCCUCCCUUAGACUGGCGACUGGUUUGCGACUCGGGGUUUCGGUGUGUACGCCACACAUAUGCUCUUGUGGCACGGACGUGGACCGACUGGGACACCAUGGAUUAUCUUGUCAAAAAAGUGCCGGCCGUUUUUCAAGACAUGCGUCGCUUAAUGACAUAAUCCGUCGGUCUCUUGCCACCAUCAAUGUACCCGCUCUUCUUGAGCCGACUGGCAUUAUCAGAGAUGAUGGCAAGAGGCCCGAUGGGAUGUCCUUGGUUCCUUGGAGCUUGGGACGGAUGUUGGUGUGGGAUGCUACCUGCGUAGACACACUGGCACCGUCCCACCUCCAACGGACUAAUGUAAAAGCGGGCGGAGCGGCGGAAAGCGCCGAAAUUUUAAAACGCAAUAAAUAUAAGAGCCUCGGUAGAGAGUAUCAUUUCGUUCCAUUUGGAGUUGAAACUCUAGGUCCAUGGGGUCCCAGCGCGCAUAAGUUGUUUGCAGAAAUCGCGAAGCGUCUGGUUGACGUAACUGGUGACCGAAGAGCUGGCGGCUUUCUCGCACAACGUAUCAGCAUUGCGAUACAGCGGGGAAAUGCCGCCAGCAUCCUUGGUACAAUGCCUCAAGGGCCUAUUUUAGAUUUAAGCUAGUUAUUAAUUUCG